GCUGAUACUCCAAAAAGAAAAAAAAAAAAAACAGAAAAAAGAAAAAAAAGAAAAGAAAAAGUCUUGACGUCUUCACUAUGACUGCGCAGGAAUUCUGUGCACCUACCCCUACCCGCCAGAACGGAUAUCGAAAAUAACAGUAUAAAUAGGUACAACCUCCCGUGUUCCGAGGCCGAGCUACCGGUCUUCGCUCCUACGCUUCUGUUUUUCUUCUCUCCCACCUCCAUCACUGAGUCGUGUUUGGGCGCUCUCUCUCAGCUUGCUCCGGAAAUGAAUUGACUUAGCAGAGACGAUCGAAACGAUCGCGGUGAGGUCGAAUAUUAUGCGCUUAUCGUUACUACGGGUUUAAGGAAAAUAAGACCCAACUGGUGGAGCAGUGAUGGAGGGAUUUCCUGCUCAGAAGCUCGUUGCUCAGAAACCAUGUCCUAUCAUACGGUUUUGGAUUUUACUGUUACUUCUCCUACAAAAUAGCAGUGGAAUACUCUCAGCUUCAAAUUACUUAGUUGGGUUGGGAAGCUAUGACAUCACAGGCCCUGCGGCUGAUGUCAAUAUGAUGGGAUAUGCCAACACCGAGCAGAUCGCAUCUGGUGUUCACCUUAGGUUGCGAGCCCGGGCAUUUAUUGUGGCAGAACCGCAGGGUAACCGUAUGGUGUUUGUUAAUCUUGAUGCUUGCAUGGCGUCCCAACUAGUGACACUUAAAGUGCUCGAGAGGUUGAAGGCAAGAUAUGGGAACCUAUAUACUGAGAAUAAUGUUGCUAUUAGCGGUAUUCACACCCAUGCUGGCCCUGGGGGUUAUCUGCAAUAUGUUGUGUACAUUGUAACAUCCCUUGGGUUUGUGCGCCAGUCAUUUGAUGUGCUUGUUGACGGCAUUGAGCAAAGCAUCAUACAAGCUCAUGAAAAUCUCCGGCCUGGAUCAGUGUUGGUGAAUAAAGGAGAGCUUCUAGACGCUGGUAUAAAUCGCAGCCCUAGCGCCUAUUUAAAUAAUCCCGCGGCAGAACGUAGCAAAUACAAGUUUGAUACUGAUAAGGAGAUGACGCUCCUAAAGUUCAUGGAUGAUGAGUGGGGACCAGUUGGUAGCUUUAAUUGGUUUGCAACUCAUGGAACUUCUAUGAGCCGUACAAACUCGUUGAUAAGUGGGGACAAUAAAGGAGCUGCUGCACGAUUUAUGGAAGACUGGUUCAAUGAGAAUGACAUUCAAAAUGCAUAUUCUGAAAACUCUGAAGCUGACGAAAUUCCUCGAAGAGUAUCAAACAUUAUUCCUGUUGCUCAGAAAAAUCACCAUGAGUUGCUAGAGCUUGCUGCUUCUUUCCAAUCGCCUCCUGGUAAACGAGCCACCAGGUUUAUGAGUGUUGCAAGACGUGUUAGAAGUGCUCUCGGGCAGGCUGAUAAGCCUACAUUUCUAUCUGCAUUUUGCCAGUCAAACUGUGGUGAUGUUAGUCCAAACGUGCUCGGUGCAUUCUGCAUUGAUACCGGCUUACCUUGUGAAUUCAACCACAGCACUUGUGGUGGAAAGAACGAGUUGUGCUAUGGCCGAGGACCAGGUCACCCAGAUGAAUUUGAGAAUACUCGUAUAAUUGGAGAUAGGCAAUUCAAAAAAGCUGUGGAGCUUUUCACCCAAGCCUCUGAGCAGUUGAAAGGGAAAGUUGACUAUCGCCACACUUAUUUGGAUCUCUCCAAGCUUGAAGUGACAGUUCCUAAACUGGGAGGAGGUAAUGAGGUAGUUAAAACCUGUCCAGCUGCAAUGGGAUUUGGAUUUGCUGCAGGUACCACCGAUGGACCAGGAGCUUUUGAUUUUAAGCAAGGAGAUGAUAAGGGAAAUGCUUUUUGGAAGCUGGUUCGCAAUUUCCUUAAAACACCAGGGAAGGAACAAGAAGAUUGCCAAUCUCCAAAGCCUAUUUUGCUUGAUACUGGUGAAAUGAGGAUGCCAUAUGAGUGGGCGCCUUCUAUACUUCCACUUCAAAUACUCCGAAUAGGGCAGCUUGUCAUUCUCAGCGUACCUGGAGAAUUCACAACAAUGGCCGGAAGACGUCUUCGAGAUGCUGUGAAAACGGUGCUCACGAGUGGAGGAAAUGGAGAGUUUGAUAACAAUGUUCAUGUUGUGAUAGCUGGGUUGACCAACACAUAUUCACAAUAUGUGACUACCUUUGAGGAGUACGAGGUCCAAAGAUACGAGGGUGCCUCCACGCUAUUUGGUCCCCACACACUUGCUGCUUACAUUCAGGAGUUCCAGAAGCUAGCAACAGCUCUAAUCAACGGUCUAGCUGUCGAACCGGGCCCACAACCCCCUGAUCUCCUGGACAAGCAAAUAGGCUUGCUAACUCCGGUUGUUGUGGACAGGACCCCUCGCGGUGUCAAGUUUGGGGAUGUGAGCUUGGAUGUGCCUCAGAACUCCACCUUCAAGAGAGGUGACACGGUCACUGUUGUUUUCUGGUCAGCUUGCCCCAGAAAUGACCUCCUGACCGAAGGCACGUUUACUCUGGUGGAGAUUCUCCAUGGACAGGACUCAUGGGUCCCUAUUCACGAUGACGACGAUUUCUGCCUCCGGUUCAAGUGGUCGAGGCCGUCUAAACUGAGUACGCGAAGUCAAGCAACCAUAGAAUGGAGAAUUCCGGAGACUGCUGCUUCCGGUGUAUACAGAAUAAAACAUUUCGGUGCCUCUAAGGGUCUUAUGGGCGCCAUUCGCCAUUUUACAGGUUCAUCCAGUGCAUUUGUGGUUGCGUAAGAACACCUUGGUAUUUAUGUGUAUACACUUUCAAGCUAUUCCCUUGUUAGAUACACCGAGUUAGCAUGGGCUCACCUGUGAGAAAUAUUAUCAAAUCAUGUUUGGGGUCUGUAGCUUUAAGCUUUAAGCUAAUGCUGCUAAAACAACAGUUCCUUGUUCGGAGAAUUUGCAGUUACUGUUCAAAUUUAUUUCGUCGCAUGUAAAUGACUGACAGGAUUGCUAGAUCA